AUGCUCAUUGCUCGCAGGUGUGGUCUGGUCACUCAAGUCGUCCACAUUCCCUGCUUGAACUCGUUAUCCCAUCAAUUCCAGAUCACAUACUUCAGCGAUGUCUCCGAGGAAGCCGUGAAAUGCAGCCAGCUCAAGGUCGCCGGCAAUCUGCGUCCCAAGACCACCCGAAGCGUAGAGGAGCUGUGCAAUGCUCCGAGUGUCGAUCUGGUACUGGUAGCAAGCCAUCAUACUUUCCAUGCGGCUCAUGCAGAGCUUGCGCUGCGAGCCAAGAAGCACGUCUUCAUCGAGAAGCCGAUCGCGUUGUCGUUGCAGGACGCAGACCGUAUCAUCGCUGCGGACAAGGCGGCAGGCGGCGGCAGAGCCUUCAUCGGCUUUAUGAGAAGGUAUGCUGCGGCGUUCGUCGACGCAGUUCGAGAGGUUGGCACCAUUGAAUCGAUACAUUACGUUCGUGUCCGAGAUAUCAUCGGACCCAACUCUGUCUUCGUGGGACAGUCCGGCACAUGUCCCCGGACAUUCAACGAUUAUCGCGAAGAAGACUCCAAUGCGCUGCGGGAGAAGACGAGCGACGACAUGAAGCAAGCGCUACAACAUGAGCUUGGAAUCGCUGUGACCAAGGAGACGACAAUGAUGUGGGAUGUUCUCUCCUUCCUAGGGGCACACGACCUGAGUGCCAUGCGAGAAAUCGUGGUCGCAUACGAGUCCGGCGUCGAUCAGGUCGCAAGAUUCGAUGCUUCAAUCGAGGUCUUCGGCGACUCGAAGACCGUCAAAGUGUGCAUCGACACACCAUUCAUCAGAGGCUUGCCGACGACUAUGGUGGUCAAGGAGACUUUACCGGACGACUCAUAUAAAGAGUCGGUUACUCGGAGCACAUACGAGGAUCCUUUCAUGCUCGAGUGGAAGGAGGUGUAUCGAUGGAUCGUUGAAGGGAAGGUCCCGAAGACCACUCCGCAGGAUGCUAGGUGUGAUCUUGAGAUUCUUGGUAUGCUAAUGAAGUCUGCUUUUACAUGA